CUUACUCCCGAUGGUCUGGGGGCGUGAAAGCCGCCUAAUUGCCCUGGCGGAACUGCUCCGAAGCUCCAUCCGGCACCAGUGCUGAUAAGUUCGUAAUGUCAACGUUGCGCCUCGAAUCGAAUGGACGGCAAUGGUGAUGACCCUCGAAUGCUGGCUAUAGCAAGCGGCGCGACGCUACCGUCAUAGUUUCCUCGCUCUUCUCCGCCCAAGUUUAAUCAUGACUCACCUCUAGUGCCUCAAACCACGACGAAAUGACCCAGAGUGCGCAUCGCGACUAUCAGGAUGGCUUCGCCGGGAGGAUAGGAUGGGGUAAACGUCCGGCGCUGCUACUUGUCGAUGUCUGCAACGCCUACUGGAACGAUGCCAGCCCAUUGGACACCAAGUCGAACCCUGCGUCUGCGGCGGCGCCCGCGUCCAUCGCAAAACUCGUCUCUGCCGCCCGCCAAGGCAAAACGCCGUUGAUCUGGACGCGAGUCGAAUACACGAAGCCGGACAUGUCGGAUGCGGGCCUCUUCUACAGCAAAGUACCGCUACUAAAGCUGUUUCAAGUCGGCUGCGGGAACGGCCUCGAAAGUUGGUAUACUGGUUUAGAGCCCGCCGCUGGCGAAAUUGUCGUCUCCAAGCGCUACCCGUCCGCAUUCUUUGGGACCGAUCUGGCUGCGCAACUCCAAAAUUGCAACGUCGACACUGUCAUAAUCUGUGGUGUCAGUACAAGUGGUUGCGUCCGCGCGACUGCCCUCGAUGCCAUGUGCUAUGGAUUUCGACCAAUGGUUGUUGGAGAAGCAUGCGGUGACUUAUCACCUGCUGUCCACAAAGCAAACCUUUCCGAUAUCAACGCAAAGAUGGCUGAUGUUGUUUCUGAGGAUGAAGCAAUUCAGAAGCUGCAGACUGGAUGGGACUGAGCGGGCCGCGCGGCUAAGGCACUGCGCCGCAAAACUAGUUCCAGGAGGUAAUGCUCUUGUCGCUGUAAGUUGAUACAGUCAUCUAGGUCCCUCUCAAGCUCGUCUCCAUGAAGCCGAGCGACUUCCUAGUGUACGAUACUGUGUCGCGAAGAUCUGUGGACAUAGCGACCACCACAAACUUCGAGUGGAACGGACAGUUAAUGGAGUAGAUUCUUAUAUCUAUCGCAUGUAGAAGAAACC